CACGGACAUCGGGGUGGGUGGGAGAGGAGGCUCAGAAAGGAGAAAAAUUCGCAAGAUGAGUAAGAAGGGCACACGGAACUCAGGAAUUAUAAGAAAUGAAAGCUCAGUUUCUAACGAAUCCGUGGAGACAGUAGCUACGUCAACAAACCUAAACCAGGACGUUCAGGAUUCGUUUGGAG